AUGCGUUUGGUUAGCUUCUCGUUUUACCUCUCUGGAUCUUCAAUCAAGGACUUGGACAACCCACUCCGAGUCCAAUCCAUCCCCUCCGAUUCCACCGUCCUCCGCCUCAAACAGAUCAUCCAGAACGCCACCGUCAACGUCGACGCAGCACGGCUGAGCAUCUUCUACUCCGGCAAGCUGAUGGAAGAUCAUCACACCGUUGGCCACUACAUCCCGAGUACUGCCAAUGAGACCGCCACCCACGUGGCAGCUCAGCUGGUGGUUGCUCCAGAGCACACCAAGGUGGUGGUGGUCGUGAUCCCGUCGGAGGCUCAUCGAGGAGGCGGAGUGAGGGUGAGGUCGGACAGCAGCGUGAGAGAGUUGAAGGACAAGAUUUGCAGGAAGAUGGGGUUCUUUGAUGUUGCUAUUACGACUUGUAGCAAUGGUGCCAAGGUCGAAGACGACUCUGCUCCCAUCUCGAGGUUCGGUAUUGGGGAAGGGUCUCGGAUUCGCGUGAAUGAGGCUCUGAAUGUUAGUCCUCGUUGA